UAGGAGGGAGAUUCGGACUCCAGGGCUCCGGAAGAUGGCGGACGCCUUCGGGGACGAGCUCUUCAGCGUCUUCGAGGAUGACUCGGCCACCGCAGCGGGAGCCAAGAAGGACAAAGACAAGGAGAAAGAGAAGUGGAAGGGGCCGCCAGCGCCCACAGACAAGGCGGGGAAACGACUAGAUGCUAAAUUACAAUCAGAAUCAGCCAGUGGUGGGAAAAACAAGAGAGAUGCAGAUGUUGAAGGCACAGAUGAACCGAUUUUUGGCAAGAAGCCCAGGAUAGAAGACUCGAUUAAUGAAGACUUAAGUUUGGCAGACCUGAUGCCCAGAGUCAAGGUUCAAUCAGUUGAAACAGUUGAAGGCUGUACGCAUGAGGUAGCUCUUCCUGCAGAUGAGGAGUAUAUACCACUUAAACCUCGAGUUGGAAAGGCAGCAAAGGAAUACCCAUUCAUUCUUGAUGCUUUCCAAAGAGAAGCCAUUCAGUGUGUUGAUAAUAAUCAGUCUGUGUUAGUAUCUGCUCAUACGUCAGCGGGAAAAACAGUGUGUGCUGAGUAUGCUAUUGCAUUGGCUUUAAGAGAAAAACAGCGUGUAAUAUUUACCAGCCCAAUCAAGGCUCUCAGUAACCAGAAAUACCGUGAAAUGUAUGAAGAGUUUCAAGAUGUUGGUCUGAUGACUGGAGAUGUUACUAUUAAUCCUACAGCAUCUUGUCUUGUUAUGACUACAGAGAUUUUGAGAAGUAUGCUGUAUAGAGGUUCUGAAGUAAUGCGAGAAGUUGCUUGGGUCAUAUUUGAUGAAAUUCAUUACAUGAGAGAUUCAGAGCGUGGUGUGGUAUGGGAAGAAACUAUUAUUUUGCUGCCAGAUAAUGUCCAUUAUGUCUUUCUUUCGGCUACUAUUCCAAAUGCUCGACAGUUUGCUGAAUGGAUUUGCCACUUACAUAAACAGCCCUGCCAUGUAAUUUAUACGGAUUAUCGACCUACUCCAUUGCAACACUACAUAUUUCCAGCAGGGGGAGAUGGCCUUCACCUUGUGGUCGAUGAAAAUGGUGACUUCAGAGAAGAUAAUUUUAAUACCGCGAUGCAAGUCCUUCGAGAUGCAGGUGAUUUGGCCAAAGGAGACCAGAAGGGACGGAAAGGAGGAACGAAAGGUCCAUCAAAUGUGUUCAAGAUUGUGAAGAUGAUUAUGGAAAGAAAUUUUCAACCUGUAAUUAUCUUCAGUUUUAGUAAGAAAGAUUGUGAAGCAUAUGCUCUUCAAAUGACUAAAUUAGAUUUCAACACAGAUGAAGAAAAGAAGAUGGUUGAAGAAGUAUUCAAUAAUGCAAUUGACUGCUUGUCUGAUGAAGAUAAAAAGCUCCCUCAGGUUGAACACGUACUUCCUCUUUUGAAACGGGGGAUUGGUAUUCAUCAUGGUGGUUUACUUCCUAUUUUGAAGGAAACUAUAGAAAUUCUCUUUUCUGAAGGAUUGAUAAAGGCCUUAUUUGCCACAGAGACUUUUGCUAUGGGAAUUAACAUGCCAGCUAGAACUGUUUUAUUUACAAAUGCCCGUAAAUUUGAUGGGAAGGAUUUUAGAUGGAUUUCCUCUGGUGAGUACAUUCAGAUGUCUGGCCGUGCUGGAAGGAGGGGAAUGGAUGACCGAGGAAUUGUAAUUCUUAUGGUAGAUGAAAAGAUGAGCCCAACAGUUGGAAAACAACUACUUAAGGGCUCAGCUGACCCUCUGAAUAGUGCUUUCCAUCUGACCUAUAACAUGGUUUUGAACUUACUACGAGUAGAAGAGAUUAACCCCGAGUACAUGCUGGAAAAGUCCUUCUAUCAGUUCCAGCAUUACAGAGCAAUCCCAGGAGUGGUGGAGAAGGUAAAGAACUCAGAAGAGCAGUAUAAUAAAAUAGUAAUCCCCAAUGAAGAAAAUGUGGUCAUCUAUUACAAGAUUAGGCAGCAACUUGCCAAGCUGGGGAAAGAGAUUGAAGAAUAUAUUCAUAAACCAAAAUACUGCUUACCAUUUCUACAGCCAGGUCGCUUGGUAAAGGUGAAAAAUGAAGGAGAUGAUUUUGGUUGGGGAGUAGUGGUGAAUUUCUCCAAAAAGUCAAAUGUUAAGCCUAAUUCUGGUGAGCUGGACCCUUUGUAUGUGGUGGAAGUGCUCCUGCGCUGUAGCAAAGAAAGCCUGAAAAAUUCUGCUACUGAGGCAGCAAAGCCAGCAAAACCUGACGAGAAAGGAGAGAUGCAGGUUGUUCCAGUUCUGGUGCAUCUCUUGUCUGCCAUCAGCACCGUCAGGCUCUACAUCCCCAAAGACCUUCGGCCUGUGGAC